AUGCUGCAAUCGAUUCAGAGUGACAGUCUCAAGAACUGGCUUGGCAGGCCAGAGAUCCCGGGCCUCCUGGAUCGUAGACAAGACGAGGUUGGCAAAGGUGUCUUCACAGCAGACGACGCUCAAGUGGACCCGGCAAAGGGUGUUUUCAAGCUCAUUGCACAGGACGAGCUGUCCGCCUUCUUGUCACACCCCGUGACUGCUGCAAUCUAUUUUCGGGAGUGGUGUCUUCCUUUCUUCCAGGAGAAUACACUUCAGGAUUCCUUGGCCAUGAUCAACAACCUCGCUUCUGUGAGGGAGCUACUGGAGAUCGAUACAACGUGGUUGGCUACGUGCUUAUCUGGCAACAAAACGCUUCCUCCGGGUGUCACGGAUCAGAAACUGCAGGAAUCCAAUGAAAUCGUGGCUACCGUCCAUGCAGCUACACCCAUGAGGCGCAUUGUCAAGGAGUAUCUCGUUUCGAAAGUUGAAGCCUUGCCAGGUUGUGCAUCAUCGUCCAAGGGAAAGCGAACCAAGAUGGCUAACUUUAUUGAUGCGUUAGACCACUCAGAUGUCAAGCUGUUCCAGCAAAUCGAUUCCACAGGCUUUGCGAAACUCUUGGUUGAUUGGACAUCCCUAUACACGUUCAUGCAGGAGGAGGGAGGCGAUAAAGUCUUCGGCACAUGGGCAGACUGGGCCUGUCCAUUUGAUCUUCUGCACAUUCAAGAGAAGUGGGAAGACAAGGCCUUCAGCUCGGAUCGUGUAUACAUGGAAGCCGACAAGUCUAGUGGUGCUGGAGUCAUUGCAACCGUGAGUGCGACGGUAACUUCCCUGGAGGAAACUGUCGACCUUCCUGCUCUGAAGCAGUACAUGCAGCUCAACGUAGACAGGAGGCAAGACAUGCUUCGACAGUACAUUGAGCGCCAUGAAAGUCAUGGUUAUCAAGAAGGUUCCCAGUCCAAGAUCAACGUGGAGUACUACCAGCAAAAGCAUUACGGUCGAUACAUGGCUCGGGGCCCAUCCGGGCAGAAACUGACCAAGGAAGCACGGAAUGUGGCCUUUGGCAGUAUGUGUGCCGAGGUUGACGCUGCAUGUUGCCAUCCACGUCUCUUGGCAAAGCAUUUGAAGGAUCUUGGUCUGUGGGACUCUACGAAAUACGUUAUGCUUGAACGUUUCAAUGAGAACUUUAAAGCAUGGCGUCGGUGUGUGACGAAGUAUAUGGACAAGACGGCGGCCGAUGCGAAGACGGAGCUGAUCCGUAUCUUCUAUGGAGGUCGACCUGGUAUACAAGCUCCAUUCCUACUCAAGCUAUGCGAUGAAGUCCAGAAGGCGGCUGAGUCAUUGCUAGGUCACCCAAGCGCAACAAUGUGGUCGAAAUUGUAUGCAGAUAGACGCAAUUCGGAGUUCUCAAGGCUCUCUGCUAUGCUCUCAUUCACCGAGGCGGACAUGCUGUCUGCGUUCACGGAGGGAUGUGCAACGUUGACGAAUGUCCUUAUGUUUGACGGUGCCUACGUGAUGACCCCGUCCUUUGCUGCGGAGAUGAACAUGGUCAUUGCCUUGGACAAAGUUUCUGAGGAGAUCACUCCAAUGGAGAUUAAAUCCUGGGCAACAGCUCUGCGGCCAGCCUCGCUCCCACAUGCUGCCCUACGACGCGGUGCCAUCGUGGAGUCUGUCGCCGCUGUGCCCGUCACAGAGAACUGCCUCCUCUAUGCGUUCUCCAUCGUCGCACCUGAUGUCAACAUGGAAGCACUGCGUGUAUACUGCUCGUCUACUGCCCCCAUGAGCGCAUCAAUUCUGAACCAUGCUCUUAAACAAGUCGCGGAGUCCAACUCGAAUAAGAGCCUACAGCUGAUCCACGCCGACAGCGAGCACAUGACUGCGAAGUCUGACGAUGUUUGGAUCUGUCAUCAACCAGUUGAUCUCGGACAUGGACAUUGGUGGGCAGCUCUUUCCCCACAAAGUGGAGGUGUUGCCAUGGUUGACGGUUGGGCCGAAGGUCGACAUCUGUGGCUUCCUUUCGUUGACUUUCAAGCGCUGAUGGAGGAGACGGACAACAUCACCUGCUUCCGUCUCCUCGAGCAAGACUCAUCCAAUUCAACACCAACAGGUCCCGAAUACACGCUGUGUGGAAAUGGUCCUCGUCCUAACGCCAUGGACAAGAAGAAGUUUGCAACUUUCCGGAAGUCCUGUGUAGAGUGUGGAGCUCCACUGGCUCCUGACAAGCACAUUGAUGCCCGCCUCUACACACUGUCCGGUGUGGAGUCUGUUCAUCACGUUCAAAUGCGAUGCACUAGGAAGUCUUGUCGGGUGUACCAUCACUACAACUACCGAUGGUUGGAUGGUCGAAAGUUGAAUACGUGCCACGCGGAGGACAUUGACUGUGUCUUCAUGAGUUGCAAGACAGGGUUCAGCAAGGACUUCUUGGACUACCACGCUGCUCUUCAAUUCAGGGGGUGCAUCAGCAACAACGCCAUAGCUUGGGCUCAGGAAGAGACGGUAUGGAAAGGUGACAACGAUCACUACCGAUGGUCCAGGGAGUACGCCGCAGCAGCUCUCUACUACAGCGUUAUCCAGGCGGCCGAGGACAUGUGGUCUAAGGAAGCACCACAUAUCCUGGCUCGGAAAUUGCACGCGCUAGACAUUGAGGAUCCUCUCGCUGACGAUCUUGUGCACGAGUACUCGACAUGGUGGCACUCCCAUCACCUCUCUACCGCUGAGCGCAACCGCAUUACAGAAAUCGUCAUGGACGGACAUGAGAAGGUUUCCACGAAGUGUUCGACUACGCCCCCUGCUCGUACCGGACGACCACGGAAAGAUGGUCGCAUCAAGCAGCGACAUAACGGAUGGUUCAUGAGCAUGGACCCUGGCAGUGGCUUGGUUAUCGCGGUUUCCGAGAUGACAGACCCCGAGAACAACGACGUCAUGCUCGAGGUACUGCAGAAGACACUCCUUCAGGCCCCCAAUGCGGAUUGCGUCAUCUACAACCGUAUUUGCAGGUGUAUGGCAACCGUUAAAAAGCACAAGGACUUGAAGCGUGUCAAAUCCUGGUGCGUGGAUCGCUUUCAUGCUCGGGGACAUUCCAGCACGUGUCAAUGCUCGCCCCUGAAUGUGAAGCGUUUGGAUAUUAGGUUGAAGAACGUCAACACUUCCAUAGCCGAGCAAACCUUUGCUUGGUUUAGAGGCUACGCGGCAACCUUCAACAGUAAGUCACGUGACGCACACAUCUUCACUGUCUUGCGCUAUGUCGAUCGCCACAACGACCUCAUCCGGAACAAGUAUGUUCUCCACCUGAACAAGUUCAGCGCGCAUCGCCGGGUGGCCAAGUCCGUGGGUGUCUGGCGGAAGCCAGCGACGCACAAGUACACGUGUCGACGCCCGGCAGCGGUAUCCUCGUCCGGGUCUGGGAAACCGUCCACUUCCUCGACGUCUAUCCGCCGUAAGCCAGCCUCCUCCAAGACGAAUGUCAUCAAGAAGCAUCUGAAGAACACCAAGUGCGAGACGAUAAGACCUGGUGGUAAUUAA